AUGGCUUCGGCAGCUGUUCACACCUCUGGUGGACAUGGCCCUGGUCUGGCGCAGAAGCCGGACGUUCCGGUUUCCGAUAAGCCUCAUCAUGUCCAGACGACUCUGAACUUCCACAAAGAGAAUGAAGAUGGCUCCCCUCCCUCCCCGAGCUACGUGGGCAGGCCGGAGACGUACGAGAAGCCGACGGUUCAAGUUGCGACUACCAUCCACGAUGUCAGCGGCCACGAGCUGGACUAUACCCUAGACAGCCACGGAUUCCAGUUCUACUACCAUAAGAGUAGCGAGACGGACUUUGUGGACGACGAGAAGAUUCGAAGGGAGUACUACGCCGAGACAGAGCAAUUGCUGAAAGAUGCCACUGGAGCUUCGAGGGUUCUUAUUUUCGAUCACACUAUCCGUCGUCCGCAACAGGAUGGUUCACCUGCGACUGGCAUUCGCGGACCGGUACAGCGGGUGCAUAUUGAUCAAUCCUAUUCGGCGUCCAAAAAUCGAGUUUCUCACCACCUUCCGGACGAUGCUCCCGAGCUGCUGAAAGGGAGAUAUCAGAUUAUUAAUGUUUGGCGUCCGAUUCGGACCAUUCUCAAGGAUCCCCUCGCCGUCGCGGAUGGUCAUACUGUUCCGGAGAGCGCGCUGGUUCCUAUCGGGCUCAUCUAUCCUGACCGGGCUGGCGAGACCUACGGCGUGAAGCCGGAUCCUCAGAUCAAGUGGUACUAUCGCUACGGACAAACGCCGGAACUGGUGACGCUGAUUAAGUGCUUUGACUCGAAGACCGAUGGACGAGCUCGUCGGGUACCUCACACGGCAUUUGUGAAUCCUGAGACGGAGCAUGAGGCGGCACGGGAGAGCAUUGAGAUUCGGGCGUUGGUCUUCCAUCCCGACGAUCGAGACUGA